AUGGGGAACGAGGCCAGUAUGGAGGGGGAGGGACAGGCGGGACAGGCCGGCCCCGCCGUCCCUGCAGCAGGGGCUCCGACUUCCAUUUCAGCACCACCGGACUCUGGACAGCUCAUCAAGCCCAGCAACGGAGCGCCAGCCGGAGGAAGUGGGGCUGCACCCGGGCCGGGGAUUAACAGACCACCUCCAUCAGACCCUGGACCUAAAGCAGGAGCCCAGAGCAGUCACGGGACAGGUGACAGGUUAGCCUCCCAUGACACCCCUCAGCAUGCUGCACCUCAAGGAGAGCAGGGCCAGGGUCAUGUGGCCAGGAAGAACCUGCAGGUGGACUUGGGUAGCAGCAGGACUGGGAGGUCCCCUUCUGUGUCCCCAGAUCGAGGCAGUGUCCCCACCUCCCCUUACUCUGUGCCUCAAAUUGCUCCCAUGCCCAGCAGUAAACUGUGCCCAGUCUGCAAAACCACUGACCUGAUGGGCACCGGGGACGACAAGCCAAACUUCAACACCUGCACACAGUGCCGAUUCAUGGUGUGCAACCAGUGUGGCUUUAAUCCCAACCCUCACCUAACAGAGGUACAAGAGUGGUUAUGUCUGAACUGUCAGAUGCAGAGAGCAUUAGGGAUGGACAUGACCACACCACGCUCCAAGAGUCAGCAACAGAUUCACUCUCCUUCUCAUCCAACCGCUCCUGAAGUCAAACCUGAUGCUUCAACUCAGCCAGCACCCCAGACACAUGUCCCUCCUCAGAAACAACCUCCAGCACAGGCCCAUCCAGUGCCUGGCCCAAUUAAACAGACUGGUUCCGCUGGCCCAGGUCAGCAACAACCAAAGCUGCCUCCAGGGGCGGUCCCUCUUCCUGGGAUGGCCAAAGCCCCAUCUCAGCCUGAUUUGUCCCGCAGCUCUCCUGCCCACAAACCCCAGAACCCCCGCCAGGACCAGACACGCAGUGCAGGGAGCUCCCCUUCUCGACAGCCCCCACCCCCAGAGCAGACAUUUGGAAAGUUGUUUGGCUUUGGUGCUUCUCUUCUUAACCAAGCCAGCACGCUCAUAUCUGAGACCACUCAACCCCAACAGCAGCCUCCAAAACCGGCUCCCAAACCUGGGGGGCCUCCUGGUCAUGGACCUGGAGUAGGUAAACCUUCAGGACCACAACCAGCACAACAAGGGCCACGAGCCCCUGCUCAGCAGCAGCAACAAACUAUCCCGGACUCCAAACCUAAAGCCUGUUGUCCCCUCUGUAAGACAAACCUGAAUAUAGGCAACACAGCAGAGCAGCCCAACUACAACACCUGCACACAGUGCCACUCCCAAGUGUGCAACAUGUGUGGAUUCAAUCCCACGCCACACCUAGUCGAGAAUAAAGAAUGGCUAUGCUUAAACUGCCAGACGCAGAGGGCUUUAUCAGGAAGCUUGGGAGAUAUUCCAGGUCCCGCGGCCCAGCCCAUGGGAUCCCCCCGGCUAUCUGCUCCAGCCAAUCAGCAACCACCUCAGCAGAAAAUACCCAAUCAACUUUCAGGGCCGAGGACCAUAGGUCCUCAACAGCAACAGAAACCAUCGGGUCCCCAAGUAAGUGGCCCUCUCUCAAAUGUCAAACAAGCUGGGCCUACCCCUCAAACCAAGGCGCUUAGCCAAACUUCUCCUCAAACCAAGGGUUCAGCUCAGCCACCCUCCCAAGCUAAGAGUCAAGCACAACCCUCAGCUCAGAGUAAGGGACCUGCACAAGUUAAAGGUCCUAACCAGUCACAUGCUCAAAGUAAGCCCCCCACACAACCUGCUAACCAAACGAAGGGUCCAAGUCAAGCCAAAGGGCUGACUCAGAUGAAAGGAUCUGCUCAGCCCUCUGCUCAGACUAAGGGCCCUUCUCAUCCAUCUGGUGCCAAGGCUUCAUCUGGCCCUGGUAAAGCUACACCUAACCAUACCAAGCCCGCCACCCCUUCCAAAACAGUACCUACUCAGUCUAAACCCACAGGUAACAACCAGGCCCGCAAACAGCCACAAAGCCAGGAGAAGACUAAAGUCACAUCUAAAUCUCUUAAAGAAGACGUCAAAGCCUCACCAAAGAAGGCGUUGUCAGAGACUGUCACUACUCCACAAGACAUGAAGAUAGCUGAAGAUGCACAGAAGUCAAGACACCAUGAAGAUAACAACAAAUCCAGUAUGCAGAGUUUAAGUGACACUGGGUACUCUUCAGAUGGGAUCUCCAGCUCUCAGGGGGAAAUUAUAGGUCAAAUUCGAGAAGACGGAGUUAAGCUCAGUGAAAGGGGUGCAUCAAUCCCCUCAGAAAUCACCAAAUUGGAGAGCUCCAUGAAACCUCUGCUUGAGUCAAAGACUACAUCAGACCAGAAGCACAGGCCUCAUUCACUUUCUGUAGGACAAGAGCGGGACUACAGUCCUGAUAAUGAUUCAGCAAGGGAUGAAUCAGAGGAUGACCUCAGUUGUAAGCUUCGACAUGAUUAUGUGGAAGACAGCAGUGAAAGUGGUCUCUCGCCAUUGCCAGUAAGACAAAAGAAGUCCCAUAAAGAUUUAACAGAUGAAGAAUACAUGAGGAGGCAGAUUAUGGAGAUGAGUGCUGAUGAGGAAGAAUUAGAAGAGUACGGGAACCAGAAAAACAAAAAGCCUCAUAAAACCAGUGGAGAUUUAAGCAAAGAGAGAAGAAGGCUUUCUCACCAGUCUAAUAGUUUUGAAGAUGACACAAAGGCAUCUGAGGGUGCUUAUAAGGCAAAUGACGAGGAGGAUGUUGUUAUGGCUGGAGGCCUUCGGCGUUUUAAGACCAUUGAGCUGAAUAACACCAACAGCUACAAUCGAGACAUUGAGCUGAGCACUGAGCAUGAUCUACGAGAACCAGAGCUAGAGAUGGAGAGUCUGACUGGCUCACCAGAAGAGCGGUCUAAAGGAGAAUAUUCAUCCACUUUACCUGCCACCACUCCCAGCUACACCUCUGGAACAUCCCCCACCUCUGUGUCAUCCAUGGAAGAUGACAGUGACAGCAGCCCAAGUCGAAGGGCACGACUUGAGGAGGCGAAGCAGCAGAGGAAGGCUCGACAUCGGUCCCACGGGCCACUGCUGCCCACUAUAGAGGACUCAUCUGAGGAGGAUGAGCUCAGAGAGGAGGAAGAACUACUCAGAGAACAGGAGCAGAUGAGAGAUCUAGAGCAGCAGAGGAUUAGAAGUACUGCUCGGAAAACAAAGAGGGAUAAAGAGGAGCUACGAGCACAAAGACGCAGAGAAAGGUCCAAAACUCCCCCUAGUAAUCUUUCUCCUAUUGAGGAUGCAUCCCCGACAGAGGAGUUGAGACAGGCUGCUGAGAUGGAGGAGCUCCACAGGUCAUCAUGCUCUGAAUACUCACCCUCUAUGGACUCAGAGGCAGAAGGUUUUGAAAUGAUUGGUGGAAAACUGUACAAAUCAGGAAAAGAAUUUAACCUACCAACCUUUACAUCACUUUACUCUCCAACAGAAAAGACAUCAGCGAUGUCACCGUCUGAUAAAACUUUAAAAAGUGCAGAGGAGGUUUAUGAGGAGAUGAUGAGGAAAGCACAACUCAUGCAGAAGCAGGGACAGGCAGCUAAUCAGCAGAAAGGUGCCUCUCAGGCAGAUGGUGGACAGCGUCUUGAGGCUGGAACUUCUCUUACCCCUGGCUCAAGUCCAACACAGGUUACUGCACCUAUGUCCUUCUCUGCAGCAGGCGGUGAUCCAAGAGUUGCAGGUAUUCAUGCUGCACAGCAUCUGUCAAAAGAAACACAGAACAGAAUGUUGACACAGAGUGCCAAAAUUGAAGGCGUUGUUGGAGUUGCCACAACCAAAGCCCAAAUGAGUCAGGCUGCCCAGACUCGACAAGCAGGUAGCACAGUGCCUGCUGGCAGCAGAGCAGGCUCACAAAGGCCAACACAAGCAACCCCUGACUCUGGAUCAUCCUCCCUGACCUCCAAAGUUUUUUCCCUUUUCAAAGGUCCUAGCCCCCCAGUUUCCCCCACUACCUCCCCAACACAAAGCCCAACUCAUACACCAUCUGUGCGACCCACUAGUGGUAGUGGCAGGCAGUUGCCAUCUUUACCUGCUGGUGCUUCAUCUGCAGCACCAUCUCAUGGAGCUCAGGCACCUCAGAGGACAAUGUCCCCACGUCUUACACGGCAGCAGUCCUCUCAAGAUUCACCAGUGAUGGUAAUAACGUUGGGUUCUGAAACAUCUAGUCCUGCCAAGCCACAUACUGUAAAUUCCUCCACUUCUCCACUGUCAUCACCUACACAGGCAACUUGCAAAACAUUGUAUAGCUCUCAGCCCCAUUCAGCAAGUUCUCCAACAUCACCACAAAUCCAUCACUCUCAACAGCCCCUGAAACAUUCCUCUCAGAUGCUCCAAAAUAAUGAAAAGGUAAAUGUUGGCAUUAGUGCUGUGACCACAAGUGUACAAAGUCGUGGAUCUAUGGAAAAUAUCUCUCUUUGUAAAAUAUCAAAUAUUCCAGGUACUUCGAAUGUUGUGGGUCAGAGCCAAACUCUUUCAGGCACUAAAAUUGUAGAUCUGAGAGCUCCACUGAGGGCAGCUCCCAUUAUAAUGACAGACCAGGGCAUGGAUCUAACAUCCCUUGCCUCUGACACAAGACGAUACUCUUUAGGAGCAGAGCAGACAUCUGGUAGACACACAGCAGUGCAGCCUCUUAUUAUGAAUCUAAAUGCACAAGAGCAACCACAUGUAUCUGUAUCAACACCGACAACAGUGAGUGUCACAGUCACAGGCUCAAUGUUUAUGUCACAACCCAAACAGCCAGUCGUGUAUGGAGAUCCUUUGCAAAACCGUGUGGAUCUGGGGCAAGGUGUUGGAUCAGCUGUUUGUUUAACCCAGACUAAGCCUUCAAUUACUGACCCAUCUAUUCCCAAAAUUGAUGCUUGCCUUGAAAAUCUUGGCAUACAGCAGCAGCAACUGCAGUUACAGCAGCAGAAGCUUCUGCAGCAGCAACAGCUUCUUGAGCAGCAGCUCCAGCAGCACCAACAGCAAUCCUCUUUUGCCCGCUACAAUUUAGCUAAUCAGGUGCAGCCACUGUUGAUGAAAAAAGACCUUGUAGUGACCCAGACAACCAGUGCCCAUCCUGUAGUGACUGCUAGUGCCAUACCUAGAGUAUCCCCUCUGGCUCCACCAUCAGUGUCUGGGGCUUCUACUUCUGGCGUACCCCAUGAAAUGUAUGGUGGAGUUGCCUUAGAGCUAAAAAACAAACCAACGGUAAUUAACUUGUCCACAGGUAAACCCCAUGUUAUGAUGGUGCAACUUGAUGAGAGUAACUCAUCACAAGGUGGCACAGUGACUCAAUUGGUAAAACGAGAGGAGCAGCCUUCUGCUCCUCCUCCCCCACCUCAGGUUUUGGAUCUAACUGGACAGAUCAAACCAGAAAACCAAGUGGCUUGCUGUGAUGUUGUUUACAAACUGCCCUUUGCUGGUUCCUGUUCAGGGUCAUUCUCUCAGAAACCUACCACGGUCUCCUCAGAUAUAAAUCCCACCUCUGAAACCUCUCCAGCAGCCCACCCCCCCCACCCACCACAUCACAGUGUCAGCCAACAACAACAUCAGCCUCCAGUUACACAAGGACUGACAGAGGAACAUAAACCUUAUCACCCACCUGUACUCCCCUUAGGAAAAAUACAGCCCUCAAUGUCUGAUACUAAUCUACCUUCCAUGACCGAUGCAGGUCACUAUCCAAAUAAUGUCCAAGGGGGUCUGGCAGUCGAUCUUAGCAGUAUGAAUCAGGCUUAUGAUGGUGGAUACCUUGGCAUGGGAGCACAAUAUGGUUCUUACACAGACUUGCGUCACCAGGGAGAUUUUGUAGGGCCCUCAUUACCCCUUCGCCGAUAUGGCUCCAUGUCAAAUAUCAGUUCUGACUAUGCCUAUGGUUCACAGGACCCAGCAGUAUCACAGGACUCUAAUCUAGCUCAGUACAGUGCAACUACUGCCAGAGAGAUCAGUCGCAUGUGUGCAGCUCUUAACACUGUCGACCAGUUUGGAAGCCGCUAUGGAAAUAACCCUGAUCUGAUGGCAUAUGGAGCUGGAAGGGGUGGACCUUUAGCAAGACUAAAUCUCCAGCAAAGCUUAGCAUCAAUAAGAGCAAAUUUAAUUUAUGGACCAGAUGGAAGACCAACAGCAAAUGGUCAAACCCUAACAAAUCUUAUAAAUGCUAGACAAGCAAGUAUACGCGCCUUGUACCCUGCUGCUAUGAGAGGAGGUGAUGGCAUGAUAUAUUCCACUAUAAAUACUCCCAUAGCUUCAACCUUGCCAAUUACAACACAACCUGCUCCUGUCCUGCGCCCCAUGCCAAGGGGAAUUUACAGACCAUACCCUACAGGUGUAACUGCUGUACCUUUGGCUAGUCUGACCAGGUUGCCUCAAGUUACUCCCAGGAUGCCUCUGUCUACUCAAGGACCAUAUUCUUACCCCCCUCCAAACCAAUAUCCUACUUCAGCCACACCAUCAGGAAGUGCUCCUGCAGUAAGCAGCUCACACCAGGAAACGCCAGUUUACCUUGGAAAGCCUUUAACAGUAGCUGCACAAACAGCUGCAACUAUUCCACCAACUAAGCCUGCAGCACACCUUGGGGCACAAAAUAUACCUACAUCUGGUGUGCAAACCACAGCAGAUGAGCAAAUAGAUCCCACUCAUCUUACCUCAAAGAGUAUUACACCUCUUUCUCAAAUGCAAGGACAACCUCCAACUGUCCAGCCAGUGCAGGCUCAGAUGUCACAGCAGUUACCUACUCAAACUGAACCUUUAUCUUUAACUCAAACCCAGCCUCAAGCUCAACCCAUCAGUCAGCCUCAGCCAUUAGUUCUUCCGCAAGGCCAGUCACAAACAACACCAAGUUCUAAACUUUCUCCUCCCAUGGAUGCACAGAAAGGUAAGGAAGAUGAGAGACUGAGCCAGCAGCAAGAGCACAUGCUGCAGAUGGAGCGAGAACGAGUCGAACUAGAGAAAUUACGCCAGCUGCGCCUACAAGAGGAGCUUGAAAGAGAUCGUAUGGAGCUUCAGCGUCACAGAGAAAAAGAACAGCUACUUGUCCAGCGGGAGAUUCAAGAACUGCAGACAAUCAAACAGCAAGUCCUACAGCAACAGCAAGCAGAGAGGGAGACACAGCUUAUUAUGCAAAGAGAACAACUGGCCCAGCAGCGAAUGCAACUUGAACAAAUUCAGUCUCUGCAGCAGCAGCUCCAACAGCAGUUGGAGGAGCAGAAAAGGCAAAAGACAGCAGCAGUGGAAGCAGCAGCGGCCGCAGCAGCAGCUGAAGCAGCAGCUGCCUCAGCUGCAGCUGCAGCAGCAGCAACAUCCGCCCAAAGUGCUAUACAAGGGGUAGUUGUUGGAGGAGGGGCCCCUCAGGGGUUCAUUAUCUGUGACCAGAGUGGUAGAGUCAUUCAACAAGAUGGACAGAGUGUUCAAUUUUGGCAGGAUGGACAAGUUGUCCAAGCAGUAGUUGCUGCUCGACCUAUCCAAAGCUCUGCCUCUGAAAUGUCUUUGAGGAGCAGCGACAAACAGGCAGAUUCUAAGAUCAUGAAGAAGCAAAAUUCAAUGCCUCGAUUGAGGGAUGGCUCAGAGGAGGACUCAGUGAAAAGAAUUACAGACAGCUGCGUACAAACAGAUGACGAGGAUGGAGAGGACAGAUUCAUGAACAGACGUAGGAGAACAAGGCGUAUUGCAGACUGCAGUGUGCAGACUGAUGAGGAAGACCAGGGUGAAUGGGACCAGCAGCCAGUACGGCGCAGGCGAUCCCGGGCAUCAAAACACUCUGAAUCCAGCGGUGAGGCUAAAUCUGAUAGUUCAUCAAAGGUGGCUUCUUCAAGUAUAGCUAUUCAAACAACUAAUGACUCAUCAUGCCAAACAGAGCCAGACCAACUGGGCAGGGUUUCCCCUGCAAUACAUAUUACCAUGGCAGAGACCUCAAAGGUUGACCUGUUACAUUAUAUAGCAGCUCCUGAAAGGACUCACAAAGGAGAGAGUCUAGCCUGCCAGACGGAACCAGAGUCUCAUUCUCAGGGAGUAGUCGCACCUCAACUGAGCGUCCCUACAACUAUCAGCCCAUAUUCAACAAGUCUGCAUAUAGUAGGUGGGAACACAUCUGACCCAACAUUGCAAAGACUCCAAGGAGUUGCUAAGUUUGAAAGGAGAAAACCAGACCCUCUGGAAAUCGGCUAUCAACAGCAACAAAAUGAGUCUUCAUCUCGCCAGCCCCCCAAAUCUCCACAGGUAUUAUACUCGCCGGUAUCUCCGCUGUCUCCUCAUCGCAUGUUGGAGACCACAUUUGCCUCCCAAGAGAAGCUUAACAAGGCCCACGUUACACCACAACAGAAGGCCUUUACAGCUGAAUCUCCUCAGCGCCACCAGACGCUGCCAAGACCCAUAAAGAGUGUGCAGCGUUCCAUGUCGGAUCCAAAGCCUCUCAGCCCUACAUCAGAGGACCCUGCCAAGAACAGGUUCUCCCCAUAUCAUCAGCAAGCUGUGUCCAACAGUCAGCAGAUGGCCUCCCUGCAGCAGCAGCAGAACUCUCUGAUGAGGAAAGUAAAGAGGACUCUUCCCAGCCCCCCUCCAGAGGAAACUCCACUCCCUAUUGUUACCCCAGCACAAAUGUACAGUUCUCCUGGCAUGCCACAGAGGGUCCUUUCGAGACCUGCUCAGGGAGUCACCAAGGCUGGCCUUUUGAAUGAAUUAAAAGCUGUGGAGCAAGAGUCAUCAAAGCUUCGUAAGCAGCAAGCCGAACUGGAAGAGGAGGAGAAAGAGAUCGAUGCAAAGCUGCGCUAUUUGGAGCUGGGCAUCACUCAGCGAAAAGAGACCAUGGUGAAGGAAAGGGAGAGGAGAGAGUUGGCCUAUUUGCGAUGUAUGGGUGAUGCCCGUGACUACAUGUCAGACAGUGAGCUUAAUAAUCUCAGGAUGGCAGCUGCAACUGGAACAUAUGAUGCUAAUGGUUUGCUGACAAGGCCUAGCACGGCACCGCUGAGUCAGUUUGCCAAUGACCUCAAUGCAGCCCCUCAGUAUCCCUCAACUUCAUCUUAUAUGUCAUAUCCAUACCCCCAAAGUCAACCCUCAACACAGCAGCCAGUUCCUGCUUAUCAACAGAUAGGUUUCCAACCUCCUCAGUAUCCAUCAUCUUCUGCACCCCAGCCUGGAACAUUCCAGCCCCAUCCCCCUCCUGGUCCUGGAUUCCAGAAUCAGGGAACCUAUUCUUCCCGUAUGUAUGCCCAGUCCUCCUAUCAGACAGACGUUGGCAUGCAGCAGCAUGGUCACCAGGGCUUCCAUUCACCUGGUCAGCCUAUGCCAGGACAAAGCCUUCCUUACCCCAGCCAUAAUUCCUACCAACCUGGUCUACCCUACCAGCCCCAGGCAGAGAUCCUUACAGUCCAUCAAAGACCCAGACAAACUUCUUUGGCAGAUCUUGAACAAAAACUUCCCACUAACUAUGAAGUCAUCAGCAACCCAGCAGUUUCAGUGGCCACAUCAGCUCCAGAUUCAAACUUUGGUUCAGCUUAUAGCAAUGCUUAUGGACAAUACCGCCCCCCUGAGCCUGGCCUGACUCACUCUGUGGACAGCCCCACCUCUGCUUAUGCUUCAGAUGGUCUCUAUACCUCCAAUUUGGAGCAGAAUAUUCCCAGGAACUAUGUGAUGAUUGAUGACAUCAGUGAGCUAACAAAAGACAACACUGGUCAACCCACUGAUGCUAUGGGUCAUCCUGUUGGAGGGCGGUAUCGCAGUGAGAAUGGCCCUGCUCGAGGAACUGCUUAUGAUGAGCCUGUUGAUGCUUAUGGCAGACCUACAGGUUCAGCUGGUUACCAGAGUACAGUGGACAGUCGUACCAGCACCACUGUGAGUGGAGGCUCACCUUAUUACUAUGAUGAUUAUAAACACACAUCACGUUCUGGUAGCCACAAACUCACAUCCAAGAAUCUUGCUCCAGCUGUCGUCUCCUCUAAACGUAGCAAGCACAGGAAGCAGGGAAUGGAACAGAAGAUUUCUAAAUUCUCUCCUAUUGAGGAAGCCCGAGAUGUGGAGUCUGACCUUGCUUCUUACACGAUGACAACAUCAACAGGGGGCUCCUGUACAGUUGUGUCAAGAUCCAAGAAACUUCAGGAUGACGGCACCUAUGGAAUGAAGAAAAAUGCGUAUGACCAACAGAGAUAUUAUGGCACCAGUCGGGACGGUCUGGAGGAGGAGGAGCGCAUGUACAGCUCUGGUAGGUCCAGGUCCACUGGAUAUGGUAUGGACAAGAUUUCAUCCAGAGAUGCCACAGGCCAUCGCAGUAAAUCUUAUGAAAGAGAUGCCAUGGAGCGGUCUCAGAGAAGCAGCCGCAGUGGAAGACCUCCCAUGCGUCAGAAUUCAGAGGAAGAGAGCCCACUCAGUCCUGUUGGGAAGCCUGUAGGUGUGGGAAGAGGCUCUGUUAUUUCAGAGGCCCACGAUGUGAGAAACCAGUAUGGCUCCAGCCAUUCACUGCCAGAUGUACAGGAUCACCACAAGAAGGACCUUCCCAGAAGUCAUGUCUAUAAACCAGAUGAUCCUUAUCUCGUAGAUGACAUGCACUGUGCUGUAUCUGACAGUGAAGCAUAUCAUUUGAGCCAAGAAGAGACUGACUGGUUUGAGAAACCCCGGGAGGCCCGCUCUGAUCGUUCAAGGCAUCAUGGAAGUGGAAGUCACUCCUCCACAGGUAGACGUAGUAAACACACAUACCAUGACUAUGAAGAGCCUCCAGAGGAAUACUGUCAACAGGACGAGUACAACCAACAACGCCACUCCUCCUCCACACCACGGGACCACCGUCAUCAUGGCAGCAGCUCUGGCAGACACAGCUCUUCUCGUCACACCUCAGAAGAACCCAGGUCUUCACGUUCUUCAAGGUCGCACCCCAAAGACCCAUCUGGCCGCUCUGAUGGCAGGAGCUCCUCAUCUGCUCAGAGAAGGAGUGGAGCAGACUCCCGCUCUGCCCAUGACAGCCCUCGAAACUCAGGAGACUUCUCUCGAGAAUCAGUUCCUGGUCACCACCAUGGCACAGGGGGAAGGAGCCAGAGACCACAAGGGGAUCGCACAGCAACCAGGAGACAAGAUCCUAAUAAACCACAGCAACAGCAGCCCCCUCAGGGCCAUGCUGGGCAACAGCGGUCAGGUGGUCAGGGACAGUUUGGGAGACAUCCAGGGUCUGAACCACUUGAUGGUACCCAACAACCCCAACAGCUGCAGCAGCCACUGCAGCAAGGCCAGACCCCACAAAACACCCAGCCCCCAACAACAACAACAACAACUGCAACUACUGGACCAGCACAGCAGCAGCAGCAGCAGCCCAAAUCUGCACAAGCCCCAUCACAGGGACGCCAACCAGGAGUAGGAUCUGCAGUAGGGCAACCAGCCCCAGCACCAAAGGUGGAUCCUACACCUGCAGCAGCUGCCACAGGAAUGAAAUCCACAAUGGGAGUCCCACCAGCACCUCAGCCUACUAAAAUAGCCACACCCCCUCUAACAGGCAUUGGCUCCAAGGCGGCUCCAGUUGGUAUCGGGAGCAAGCCAGCAGGUAUUGGCAGUGCUGCAGCAGGACAAGCACCUGCAGAAGGGGAAAACGUUCUUACCAAAAUCCUACAAGGAGGGGCAGCAGAGCAAGCAGGAAAGCUGGGAGAUGCUUUGUCUGGCCUUGGGAAAAAGUUCACCUCAUUUUGGUGAACUAAAGAGAUGAGGGGUAUAUAGUGGUGAAAAGAGAUGGAUUGGUUGCUUUGUACUGGAAAAACCUAUGAAACCUUAUUUGAAUACACUUCACAUCACACAGGAUGCAGAAGAAGAGAGAUCCUGAGUGCAACAAGCUGGAAUCAAAGGAUGCCUUGUCAGCACUGAAUUCCCCAGACAUGGGUAUACGAUUGAAGUGAAUUAAAUAAGGGGGAUCGCUUUGUCAGCAGGCUGUUACAAGACAUGAGCAGGGGGUUGAAGAGGCUUGAAAGUAAGUGGAUGCUUGGACAGAACUACAGUCCAAGAAUGAUGAUGGCUGAGAUGACGGAUUCCUCAUUAAAUGAGUAGUCGAUAGUUAGGAUGCAGUGAAGUGGAAAGGGAAAGGAGCAGUGUUUCUCCUCAUCCUCCUGGGAUCUGUGAGACUGUACAAGCCCCGCUAACUGAGCCAGAUGGAUAUCAUGAGAGAAAUUCAGCGUGUUUAGCCAUGCGUGUCCCCUCUUUGAAACAGCUCAAUAAAGGAAGCCUCACAGCGCCCUCUUCAGAGAUUAUAAUGCAAUACCACUCGUGUCUGAGGAGUACACUUUGCACAAGGAUUUUGAUUCUACUUUGAUUUCUUCAGAGUAUUUUCAUGCAAAAAACACAAGGAAAAAAAAAGAAAGAUUUCAUAGGUUUUCCUUGUACUGAACAGACCAAUCUUAGUCCACAAUGAUAAAACUUACUUGGAACAGACUAGGCGUAUCACAGCAAUGACAACUAACCUGGCGAUUCCACUAAAAUCCUUGAAUGCUUGGUUUCUCUGGUCUCCACAGUACAUUCCAGUAUAGGGAAUUUGACCCUUUCUUUGAAUGUGUUUUAGUUUCUCGUCUUUUCAUUUCAGUGUGUACAGAAUGCAUUGUGUAAAUGUGGACAUGAGAAUGCAUGUACAAAUGAAAAACUGAAAAAAAGCCCAUAUCAGUGCUUUUCACCACCCAAAAGAUGCCGCUGCUCAUUAGUUUUUGGAGAAGGGAAUCAAUACCAGCGUGCCCACAAGUGUUCACAGAGGUGAAACAAGAUUCACAGAGGUGACAGGACCAAAUGAAAGAGUGGCCGCGGCUCUGUAUUAGCCAUCGCAAAGCCAUCAUUAUUGUCUGCCCCAGAGUCUUCUGGGACUGUAUCCUUUUUUUUUUUCUCUCAUCUUUAAGUUGUUUUUUUGUUGUUGUUGUUGUUGUUUUCUUUUCAUUUAUGCCUGAUAUUCAGUGAAUGGAAGAGCCUUAUUCAGUACGUUUUUACUUGUAUACCUCAUGUUUUAAAACGUCCAUAUCGUCAUGAAUUUCUUUUUACACUGUAAACUAUUGUAUGUACAUAAAACAAAUCAGAGAUCAAAUAUGUAAAUUUGUCUUUGUGUAUUUAAUGAAUCACUCUCCAGUGACUUUAUUUUUUCUUUUUGCUGUUGUUAUGUGUUUUUUUUUUUUCUUUGGUAAAACUUUAUAUUUUUCACUUUGUAUUUGUUUGAACCUUUCUUUUCUUGCAUCAAAUGGUUUGCUUAAUGGUUUUUAAAAGCAAUAGCAUGCAGCAAAUGGUAUAUAGCACAAUGAUAUAAAUGUUGCAAUUAGUGAUGGGAAAUAUCAAACACUUCUGUCGAUAAAUAGCUGUAAUACAACUUGUCAGAGGGUUUACAACUACAGUACCAUGUAUAGACAUGCAUGAUAUGUGCAGAUGCAUAAGAGCAUGCAGACGGGUACGCCCACACUUGCACACAUUGUCUAUCUUUCUUUCUUUCUCUCUCUCUCUCUUUCUUAUAUGUGUGUGCAUUCUGUACACACACACAUAUACACACACACACUCUCUCUCUCACACACACACACACAUAUAUAUAUAUAUAUAUAUACUUGCAAACAUACUGUACACACUUUGAGUUCCAUUUCAGAGCCAAGGUUAAUUGAGUUCUCACCAAAUAGACUUGAUAGCCUCCUGCUGAUUAAUGAGGUUACCAGUUCACUAACAAGCUGGCCCCACUGCCUCUGUUUGUGCAAACACACACACACACACACACACACACACACUCACACUCAUGCAUACACAUACAGGAGAGGAAGAAAGCAAUUAUCAAUUCAAAUGUUCUAUGCAAUGACUCAUUUUGAACCUGGAAGUGAUUCAGCCUAAAACAGUUUAUUAUCAUCACUGUACUCACGAGAAAACAACAGAAUUAUGAACUAAAAUGAUCAAAAAAAGGAAAAAAUGGUACUGAAAAUGUUUUUACUUAGCAACUUGUCUGUAUGAAUUUGAAUAUUGAAUAUUGAACUAGAAUUGUUUUUAUUUUCGUGGCAUGUUUUGACCCCUCACUCCCUGCAUGGGAGACUUGUUGCCAAAGGGUAAACUGUGUAGACUGUCAGUUUUGAAUGUCCACCAUCAUGUUGCUUUGAAGCAUGGGUUUGCUUGGCUUUGUCUGGCUGUUUGUGAGCCCUCAUUCAGUUGUGCGUUUUGGCUGACCUGGGCUCCUCAGUGUUUGGCUUGCAGUGACUGUCUGUGCUGCUAUAAACCUGUGAUACAGAUGGUCAGCACUUCUCAUUAAUACGUGUCAAUGUACAUAUUGGGUGUCAGUAUAACCUGUGGGGUGAAUGGAAUGUUUCUAUUGGAUAUUUCAUUGUUGAUUAAACCCACUCAGCAGCCAAGCCAUUUGAAAGGUGCAUGAUUAGAUCUUUUAUUCUUGGAAGUUGUACCAGUGUUUAAAAAGAAAAAAAGAAAAAGAACAAAAGAGUAAGGCAUGAUUUAUACCAAGGUUUGCUUAACAAACCUUGACUGUCACUGGCCAAUGCAGAGAAUAUCAAUGAGUAAAAUGUUCAGCCAGUCAUUUACAAAUCAGGGCAUGUCAUUUUGAAAGCACAAGCCUGACUGGUAGCAGUUGCUGCUCGAUGAAGCGCAGAAAUAUGGAGGUUGCGUAACAGUGCCUCGAACCGAGCAGUGUAAGAUCUGCAUUAGAACAAGGUGGAGGUGCGAAGCGGUCGAUACAAGGCACAUGAGACAAAACAGCCUUCAGUGCAGCCAUGCGGAUGAAGAGAGGCAGACAGACACAUUCUCACAUUCUUACUGUAAAUACAACUUCAUUCUUAUGUACAGCUUUUGAGUUUUGAGUACGGCUUUCAUGUGCAUCCCCAUGCCGUAUUUGCUGCCAACUUUUGUGUAUAAAAAGAAUAUUUGUUACUAUCACACUAAUGAGGAUGAUGAAACUAAUAAUGAUGAUGAUUAUUAUUAUUGCAUAAGCAUAGUGUAUGUGGCUGACUUGUAUUGACUGUUUACAACAGUGGAGCAAAACUUGUAUUCAGAAACAUAUCCAGUCUCUGUGGAGUUUCUAUACAUAUUGUAUUUGUAAAACAACAAGUGCAACAACCUCCAUGGCAAUUGCAGAGAAAAAUGCUUUUGUAACAGGAGGGUUUCAGUUUGGUGGAUUUGAUCUGAGAUGUGGUGAAGGAAAGAAGCAGAAAAAAUUGAACUAAAAAUCUGGAAAAUGUCAUUCACUGUUGUAAGUGCAAUGGGCAAAAUGUCAGUCGUGUAUCCAUUGUGAAACCUUGUGUUCUAUUCAGUGUAUUCCUGUAAACAAAUAGAGUACAUUUUGGUGCAUCAUGUCAAGUAAUGUGAAAAUAUUGACCCUGCAAUUUCCAAACAGAGAAACAAAUAAAAAAUGAAAAGGAAUAUCUUGUGA